CUCUAAUGUGAAGGAAAGAGUAACUUUAACCGCACGUUCAUCUGUGCAAAUAAACUCCUUCUUUUUUGUUUUGUUUAUGGUUCUUUCCCAUUUUCCGAUUAGUCGCGUCUAUAUCAGUGUACCUAGUUCGAGAAUGCUCCGGUGCAAAUAAUCAUAUUCAAGAAAAACUAUCAACGUGUGGUACUUGCAGAUGCAGUAAGGGAAAUAUGACUCACAAAAACAGAUUCCCACAAAGAGGAUCAGUGUCUUCCCUUGAGGACUACGCUGAUAAUCAAAGUCGCGAUGUUAAUGAAGAUCUGUCUAUAAAUUUGAAUCUGUCCGAGGCUGACGACGAGCCACUUUUCUGCGUUAGACAAAAUACAAAGGAAAAGUCGCAGUAUGAGAGUCUGGACUACGAUGUUUGCGAAAAUGUUCUCUGGCAGGCGGAGCACCGUAAAAUCGAGCCGUGGUUUACCGUGCGGAAGGACUUUGCCCGAUGGAUAAUCUCACUGCAGAUUGGUGUCGGCACGGCACUUGUGGCUUGCGGCAUCAAUAUAGUCAUAGAUCAACUGUCUCGAAUUAAGUAUUCGUUUCUAAAACAAACAGUGGAUAAAAACAUCAUAAGUGGAGAUCUUAGCAUACCAUAUCUUUACUGGGCCCUCACCAACGUGGUUCCGGUAAUGAUCGGAGCGACAUUGGUAGCGUACGUGGAACCGGUGGCUGGUGGAAGUGGUAUACCACAGGUGAAAUGCUACUUGAAUGGAGUCAAAAUUCCUCGCAUUGUGAGGAUUAAAACAUUGGCUGUGAAAGCGGUGGGUGUGGCCACGUCUGUGAUUGGAGGUUUAGCUGGUGGUAAAGAAGGACCAAUGAUUCACAGCGGCGCAGUGAUUGCAGCCGGAUUAUCUCAAGGUAAAAGUACCACGUUCCGGAGGGACUUUCGAAUCUUUCGAUACUUUCGUGACGAUCACGAGAAACGAGACUUUGUGGUUGGUGGAGCAGCGGCUGGCGUUGCGGCAGCCUUCGGUGCUCCCAUAGGAGGAAUUCUGUUCUCGUUGGAGGAAGCAGCCAGUUUUUGGAAUCAGUCACUGAUCUGGAGGACCUUUUUUGCCUCUGUAAUAAGUUCGUUCACCCUGAAUAUAGUUCUCUCAGCGUACAAUGGUCUUAGCAGUUUCCGCUAUCGCGGCUUAUUCAACUUGGGAGAGUUUGAACCACUUCCCUUUGAAUACUUCGAACUUCCCAUCUUCGUGUUGAUGGGCAUUUUUGGUGGACUCUCCGGGGCUUUCUGGAACAGCCUCAACAAACGCAUCAAUAUAUUUCGUGCGCGUUUCAUAAAGUAUCGAUGGGCAAAAGUGCUAGAGGCAUGCUGGAUUGCAAUUGUCGUAGCAACUUGUGGCUGUGCGAUGGCGUAUUCCAUCAACGAUUGCCGACCAUUGGGUAAUGAUCCGACGGAAACUCCGGUUCAGUUGUACUGUGAGGAUAAUGAAUAUAACGCGGCAGCUGCGCUCUGGUUCCAAACACCGGAAGCUACCGUAAAAGCUCUCUUCCAUGACCCGCCAGGGUCUCACAACCUUCUGACGUUGGCUGUUUUUGUACUUAUCUAUUAUCCAUUGUCCUGUAUUACAUACGGUCUGAGUGUGUCACUCGGUAUCUUUAUACCAACGUUAUUGGUAGGCGCUGCAUGGGGUCGAUUGGCAGUUUCGUUUGCAGUUUUGGCAUUUCCAAACUCCAGUGUUUUUAUGAGCCCAGGCAAGUAUGCACUAAUAGGUGCAGCUGCCCAAUUAGGUGGCACCGUACGAAUGACGCUUAGUUUAACGGUUAUAAUCUUGGAAACCACCGGUAACAUCGGUUUUGUUUUACCAAUUAUCAUUACUUUGAUGUCAGCCAAAUGGAGCGGUGACUAUUUCAACGAGGGUAUUUACGAUACGCAGAUUAAAAUGUCAAAAGUGCCUAUGUUACCGUGGCAUGUGGAACCCUCACUGGAGCAAAGUUUUGCUCACAAUAUCAUGCAAAAGCCGGUGGUUUGUGUGCGGAAAAGGGAGAAGGUUAAAUACAUUAUUGAUAUUCUCAAAAGUACCAGCCAUAAUGGAUUUCCGGUUGUGGAAGACGAUAACAGGAAUACUCGCGAAAAUGGGAAGCUGCUUGGUAUUAUAUUGCGAUCUCAACUGGUUGUCAUAUUGAAACGCAGUUUCUACGAAGAAAACGAACGGCAUUGGCGAAACACAGUAACAAUUGAAGAUUUUCGCAAGGAAUAUCCCCGAUAUCCUAACAUUGAGGAUGUCCACAUCAGUGAUGAUAAAAUCGCAGACAAUCGCACUGUCGACAUGACAAUUUUUAUGAAUCCCUCACCUCACAGUGUAAAUCCGGAGACAUCGGUUCCUCGCCUGUUCCAAAGAUUCCGGGCUUUGGGCUUGCGUCACUUAGUAGUGGUAACACUGGAGAACCGUGUUCGUGGUAUCAUUACACGAAAAGACUUUUUGAAGAAUUUGUGAAGUUUAUUUUGCGUCGUUUUUACGUAAGUAUUUUUAGUUACAAACAGAGCAAAACAGUAUGCAAUGAGUUUUAUCUUUUGUACAUAAAAAAUGUAUAGUAUUAGAGAGCAUGUAUUAUAAA